AUGGGCGCGCGGCUGAUCCUCUCCGCGCGCUCCGCGGAGCGCCUGCAGGCAGUGGGCGCCUCCUGCUGCGGAACGCACGCGCCGGAGGGGGUGGUGGUGCUGCCGUUCGACCUCAAGGGGGGAGCGGACGUGCUGCACGACGCAGUGCGCCAGGCGGAAAGCGUGCUCCGCGGGGAGGAGGCGCGUGGUGAGGAAGGGCCUCUCCUCCUCUCAAGUCUCUUCAACCAUGUGCUCUCCCUCUCCUCCCUCCCCUUUUCUCUCUUCAUCUUUGGCUCAUGCGUUACACCUCUCCUUGCUCUCUCCCCCUCUCUGUUCCGCUCCUCCGCCUUCCGCUCCCCCCCAUCCCUUUCCCUGCCUCCCCCAUCCCCUUCCCUGUCUCCCCCCUUCCUUGCCUGCUUCCCCCCGUCCCCUUCCCUCCUUCCCGCGUCCCCUCCCCUGCCUCCCCCCAUCCCCUUCCCUGCUUCCCCACAACCCCUUCCCUGUUCCCCUUCAUCCCCUUCCCUGCUUCCCCCAUUCCCCUUCCCUGCUUCCCCCCAUCCCCUUCCCUGCUUCCCCCUUCCCCUUCCCUGCUUGUCCCCUUCCCUCCUUCCCCCCGUCCCCUCCCCUGCCUCCCCCCAUCCCCUUCCCUGCUUCCCCACAACCCCUUCCCUGUUCCCCUUCAUCCCCUUCCCUGCUUCCCCCAUUCCCCUUCCCUGCUUCCCCCCAUCCCCUUCCCUGCUUCCCCCCUUCCCCUUCCCUGCUUGUCCCCUUCCCUCCUUCCCCCCGUCCCCUCCCCUGCCUCCCCCCAUCCCCUUCCCUGCUUCCCCACAACCCCUUCCCUGUUCCCCUUCAUCCCCUUCCCUGCUUCCCCCAUUCCCCUUCCCUGCUUCCCCCCAUCCCCUUCCCUGCUUCCCCCUUCCCUUACCUGCUUGUCCCCUUCCCUCCUUCCCCCCGUCCCCUCCCCUGCCUCCCCCCAUCCCCUUCCCUGCUUCCCCACAACCCCUUCCCUGUUCCCCUUCAUCCCCUUCCCUGCUUCCCCCAUUCCCCUUCCCUGCUUCCCCCCGUCCCCUUCCCUGCUUCCACCCGUCCCCUUCCCUGCUUCCCCCCGUCCCCUUCCCUCCUUCCCCCCGUCCCCCUCCCAGCCCCGCAUCCCCCCUUCCCUAA